GAGAGGCGGGGCCAGCCAGCCCUGGGCCAAUCCGCUGGUUCUUCAGCUCGCAGCGCACCGUUCCGCGGCGGACGGCAGAAGGAGCAGCUUCUCCGAUCGGCCCGGCGUUGCAGGGGAGACAACGCGGAAUCCGCCCCCGGCUAGUGGGAAAUCGGUCCGGCGAGGGGAACGGAGGGAAUAACUUUUAAAAAAUGAAUGUCGGGGUUGCACACAGUGAAGUCAAUCCCAACACGAGGGUCAUGAACAGUAGAGGAAUGUGGCUUACAUAUGCUCUUGGAGUUGGCUUGCUUCAUAUCGUUUUGCUCAGCAUUCCUUUCUUCAGUGUUCCAGUUGCAUGGACUUUAACCAACGUUAUUCAUAAUUUGGGAAUGUAUGUAUUUUUGCAUGCAGUAAAAGGAACACCUUUCGAAACACCUGACCAAGGUAAAGCAAGACUGCUGACGCAUUGGGAGCAACUGGACUAUGGUGUGCAGUUUACAUCCUCACGAAAAUUCUUCACAAUCUCUCCGAUAAUUUUAUAUUUCCUUGCAAGUUUCUACACAAAAUAUGAUCCAACGCACUUCAUCAUAAACACAGCUUCUCUCUUGAGUGUGCUUAUUCCCAAGUUGCCACAACUGCAUGGCGUCCGAAUCUUUGGAAUCAACAAGUAUUAAGCAUGAGAUAUGAGACAGGAGCACUCUGACCAAAACGUGGCCUGACUGCUUUUCCUUAAUGGAAGGAAUAGCUUUGCAGUGCCACCUUAGUAAUCUACAGUGAGACUUUCUACUCCUAAGAUGUAAAUGCUAUUCUUUCAAAGCUGUGUAGGAGAGCAAUAGACUUUCUGAAGUUGUAUUAAAUUUGAGCGGUAUAGCUUCAGAGGACAGGCUUUCCAGAAGGAGCUGGGCAGGCCUAGCUCUAUUAUAUUAGCAGCAUUGACAGGAUAUAUGCCGAGCUGACAGAUGAGUUGCAAAAGGGUAUGAAUAAUUUAAUUGAAACAUAGACAUAAUGUUUCACAAAUAAGAUAGCUGCGGUAAUGCAAAGUGCAUAAGGAGGAGGGUAUACCCCCAUGUUCCCACUUAACAGACUGGUAUGGUUUAAAUGCUGUAAAGUUGCCAGUUAUUGCUUCUUGGGUUGUUGUUCUUUGGUUUUGCUUUUUCUAGAUCCAGGAUUUCCUGCUCAGCUGCAGGUGUUGCUAGGUCAACAUUAAACUAGGAGAUGCUGUGACUGAUUUGUAAUGGAUUUCAUGCCUUAUCUAUUCAUGUGACCUUUAAUCACAAUGACUUCUCCAGUUUUAGAUGUCAAAGCUCAGGGGAAUGAUGAUCAACUUUUGUAUACAUUUCAACUGAUCUAUACUUUGCUUGUUUCCCAGACAGAGCUGAUUAUUCUAAAAUGUGCACUCAAGUGUAUCUGAAAGCUAUAUUAAAAAAAAUCUCUCUCCCCUCUCUCUCUCCAUUGUAGAACAGGGCAGCUUUCUGUAUUGGCUGUUCUUAAAUAGUUGGUUUCAUAAAGAAAACUAUUUAAUCUUCAGAAACCAAUACAAGCUGCUAAAUCUGUCUUCUAGAGCUAGAUGGCUCAUAAAGGGCGAGCCCUGGCUUAUCUGUUAGUAGAAAUAUUGUCUGUAGUGGAAAACUUGGUCGUUUACGCCAGUGGGAAUUCUCACAUGAUACGAAACUUAAACACCAAGCAGAAUGUAAUAUAUUGUUGUCUUAUAAAAUUUUGGCACCUAAGCUUAAGGAAUUUAGGAUGCAAUCCUAUGCAUGUUUAGACAGAAAAAAACAUCUACAACUACCAGCAUGUCCCAGGCAGCCAUGCUGGGUGGGGGAUGAUGGAAGUUGUAGGAGCUUUUUUUGUCUGAACAUGCAUAGGACUGUACCUUUAGGUGGUUUCUUUUCCCUUGUGCUUUAUAUCUGGAGUUGUGAGGUUUUCAGAAGGUAAUUCAGCCUGCCUACCCGACUUUAGUCACUUGGCAGGGGAUUUUAACCUUCCGUUAACUGGAGAAUCUUUUACAUUAAGAGCUUUAAGGUCCUAGUUUCACUGUUGGCUAUUACAAUCACACCUGGAGUCAGCAUGCAGAAAAACCUUGAGAUAUGUCAAGUGUCUCCUGGAGAUACCAUUUCGUAUGUAACACCAGGAAAGAGGCAUGUGUUUUCCUAUUGAAUCAGGACUGGCUGCUAAUAAGAGGUUCAUUAUUCUAAUUCUAAAUCUGCCCGCAAUAAACUUUGAAUUCAAGCCAGUAGCUAUUAGGCCUUCCAAGUAAUAAUUGGCUACUUUCAAGAGACUAGACUUUCUCUUAGUUAUUCUCGCUCUCUGAAAAUGUCUUUUUUUGAGCAGUAGCAAUGUUUUAUAAUAAAGUGAAUGACUUUGAGACUGAUCAUAUCAAUAUAGUAUAUUUUAAGUGCAGUUCACUGUACCAAAAGGUUACAAGCAUAACAAAUCACUGUUGUGCUUUUGUAAAUAGAAUUACAGUUGCAACUAGUGUUUGAAACACUACAUAAGGCGUAAGAAGAAUUGAAUAAGACUCUUUUUCAACCAUUAUAUAAGACAAUGCGGUAGGAUUUUUUGGUCUAUUCUCUGACAUUCCCCCCCCCCCCAAAAAAAUCUGGU